AUGAAAAAGCUGAUUGAGAAGGAAUGUCAAAUUCAGGCUGCAUUAGGACUUUGUUUGUUAAAAAAUGGAUAUGAAAACAACAAUUCUUCAAGAUGUAAAAAAUCACGUAUUCAAAGUCUUAUAUUAAAAGAAGUUUUCAAACUAACAAUGUACCCUUCAUCACAGACAAAAAUGGAUCUCAGUAUAAUGCUUAACCUUAAAGUUAAAACGAUUAAUGUCUGGUUUCAGAAUGAAAGGCAAAGCGAAAAAUUGUCAUUAAUUGAUGCGAUUAAUUUUGAUAUACGUUCACAAAAAAUUGAAUUAAAUCCUAUAAUUUUAUAUAAUAUGUAUUGUAAGAUUAAAAAUAAUAUAAUGUAA